AUGUUAAGUAUUGGUGGUAUCGGUGGUUUUGGUGUUGGAAUUGGUGGCAUUGGUGGUGGUAUUGGUGGUCUUGAUGGCCUUGGUGCAGGUAUUGGUGGCAUUGGUGGUGGUCUUGGUGGUCUUGGUGGUGAUGUUAUUAUUGGUAUUGAUUGCAUUGGUGGUGGCGGUCUUGGUGAUGGUAUUGGCAGUCUUGGUGGCAUUGGUGGUGGUGGUCUUGGUGAUGGUAUUGGCGGUCUUGGUGGCAUUGGUGGUGCCACUAUUGGAGUUGCUCCUCAGCUUGUUGAGGCAGAGUAA